AUCACGAUGCCCAGUCGUGUUCUUUUCAUUUCUCGCCGGCGGCGACCGGCCUCCCAUUCCACCCCUCACCGCCUCCUGCGGCGAUGAGCUCCCGGCGCCUCCUCUCGCGCCCCUCCGGCAAGCCCUAGCGGCCGAUACCGUCUCCCGAGUCCCGACGCCUUCUGGCCCAGGCGGUCACCGGCCAGGCUUUCUCGUCGGCGGGGUCCGCACCCCUUCAAGUGGGCCCGCGCACGGCCAGCUUCGCUAUAAAUGCCCCGCCCCGGACGCCUACCCCGAUCACAACCCACACCAAGCGCAGCCGCCGCCUUUCUCCUCUCUCUCUCUCUCUCUCUCUCUCUCUCUCUCUCUCUCUCUCUCGCUAGCUAGCUAGCUCCCCAUUCCAUUCGGUAGUGGUCGUGAGAGCGGGGAGGGAGAAGGCAAGAUGUUCAUCGAGAGCUUCCGCGUGGAGAGCCCGUACGUGCGGUACGGCGCGACGGAGAUCGAGUCGGAGUACCGGUACGACACGACGGAGCUGGUGCACGAGGGCAAAGACGGCGCCUCCCACUGGGUCGUCCGCCCCAAGUCCGUCAAGUACAACUUCAGGACCAGCACCGCCGUCCCCAAGCUCGGGGUGAUGCUCGUGGGGUGGGGCGGCAACAACGGGUCCACGCUGACGGCUGGGGUCAUCGCCAACAGGGAGGGGAUCUCAUGGGCGACCAAGGACAAGGUGCAGCAAGCCAACUACUACGGCUCCCUCACCCAGGCCUCCACCAUCAGGGUGGGCAGCUACAAUGGGGAGGAGAUCUACGCGCCGUUCAAGAGCCUCCUGCCCAUGGUGAACCCUGAUGACCUUGUGUUCGGGGGCUGGGACAUCAGCAACAUGAACCUGGCCGAUGCUAUGACCAGGGCCAAGGUGUUGGACAUUGACCUGCAGAAGCAACUCAGGCCCUACAUGGAGUCCAUGGUGCCACUUCCUGGCAUCUAUGACCCGGACUUCAUCGCGGCUAACCAGGGCUCCCGCGCCAACAAUGUCAUCAAGGGCACCAAGAAAGAGCAGGUGGAUCAGAUCAUCAAGGACAUCAGGGAGUUCAAGGAGAAGAACAAAGUGGACAAGAUAGUUGUGCUGUGGACUGCAAACACUGAAAGAUACAGUGAUGUCCGUGUUGGUCUCAAUGACACAAUGGAUAAUCUCCUGGCAUCUGUCGACAAGAACGAGGCAGAGAUCUCACCGUCGACGCUGUUUGCCAUUGCCUGUGUCAUGGAGGGAGUACCGUUCAUCAAUGGGAGCCCCCAGAACACCUUUGUGCCUGGGCUGAUUGAUCUUGCUAUUAAGAACAACUGUUUGAUUGGUGGUGAUGACUUCAAGAGUGGACAGACCAAGAUGAAGUCUGUCUUGGUUGAUUUCCUUGUUGGUGCUGGAAUAAAGCCGACCUCAAUUGUCAGCUACAACCACUUAGGAAACAAUGAUGGAAUGAACCUUUCUGCACCUCAAACAUUCCGGUCCAAGGAGAUCUCCAAGAGCAAUGUGGUGGAUGACAUGGUCUCAAGCAAUGCUAUCCUCUAUGAGCCCGGCGAGCAUCCUGAUCACGUCGUCGUGAUCAAGUAUGUGCCGUACGUAGGAGACAGCAAGCGAGCCAUGGAUGAGUACACCUCGGAGAUCUUCAUGGGUGGCAAGAACACCAUCGUGCUGCACAACACCUGCGAGGACUCGCUCCUUGCCGCACCGAUCAUUCUUGACCUGGUGCUCCUGGCUGAGCUGAGCACCAGGAUCCAGCUGAAAGCUGAGGGAGAGGAGAAGUUCCACUCCCUCCACCCAGUGGCCACCAUCCUGAGCUACCUCACCAAGGCACCCCUUGUUCCCCCGGGUACACCGGUGGUGAACGCUCUGGCGAAGCAGAGGGCGAUGCUCGAGAACAUCAUGAGGGCCUGCGUUGGGCUGGCCCCCGAGAACAACAUGAUCCUUGAGUACAAGUGAGUGAAGAAGCAACGGGAUGCAGGAGGCUGAUGGAAGGGAAAAAGGCGAGAUUUGCUGCCGGAUCGUUUGGCUUCUCUGGUGUGUGUGUGUGUGUGUGUGUGUGUGUGUGUGUGUGUGUGUGUGUGUUUGCGUUCUUUCCUGGUCAUUUGUUGUUACGCUUUUGUACUCGUGAGACUCCUAUCUGGGCUCUGCUAUUAGCGGCAUGAAGCCUGUAAUGGUAUCAGAUAAUAUAUGUACGAGGGUGCUAGUUCCCCUCUGUAUGCGUAAGAAAUUCCUAAUUCUGCAAACUUCA